AAAUGGUAUAAUAUUAAGUGAUCAAACUUGGACGUAAUUGUUUUAUUUUCUAGAACAUCUGUAGGCCAGUUUGUAUCUGUAUAUACGGCAAAGCGUCCAGGGUAAACAUCACUUCAAAUGUGUCCCUUGAACCACCGAAAACUAAAACAGAAAAUGAAACAUGAGGAAGUACGGUAACUUGAUGCGUCUGAACACCCGCGUCUGUGAAAAUUUUCUCGCUUUUUGAAGUGGGCGUAUAUCGACCCCAACGCCCUCAACAUAACAGUGUUGGUAACAAUUUCGUUCUCAAUGGCGGUGAUGGGUUGGAUACCGAAGAGUCAGGCGUCACAAGACAAGCAUGUGGGGACAAGGUGCUUCCGCAUGUCAAGAUGCAAUCCUUUUCAACGUAGUUAAAAACCCGCUGAAGUAACUUCCCGAGUUGUAACGCAAUCUGCCGGAGGUGAUUUCUUCCAACUUACUGUUAAUUAUGCUGGCGUGGUCUUCAAGGUGUACUAUGCAGUUUAAGCAGUUUAACUGGCAGUAGAUGCACUGAUAAUAUGUCACAAGAAAUAUCGAAUUCUUCAGCAAGUGGUCGAGGUCAUCCAACGGCGGCCGAUGGAGGGAACGUUGGUCUUCAAGCUUCGAGUAAAAAUAGGGAUGGAGUUUUAGAUGAGGUCAAACUGGACGGAGUCAAAUCAACUGCUUUGUUGGAUGAGGACCAGCCCAAGAAACUGAGUGGCAAAGCAUGGGGACGAAUGGGGAAAUUUUUAAGCGGCAAAGGGGAGUACCCAAAGAGCAUUUUCUUCAUCAUCGGGACUGAGUUCUGCGAACGUUUCUCCUACUAUGGAAUGAAAGCCAUCUUGGUACUAUACCUGACCAACAUCUUGCUGCUGGAUGAUGACCUCGCUACAGCUCUGUUCCAUGCCUUUGCCAUGCUGUGCUACUUCACCCCCAUCUUCGGUGCUAUGAUCGCAGACAGCUGGCUGGGCAAGUACAGGACUAUCCUGUAUGUCUCACAGAUAUACAUGGUUGGCAACGUGAUUAUGUGUCUAACAGCUUUGCCACCUCAGACAACAGGAUCUCCCGAGCUCAUCGGCCCAUUAUUUGGCCUUUUCUUCAUUGCCUUGGGCACUGGUGGGAUUAAGCCGUGUGUAUCAGCCUUCGGUGGAGAUCAGUUUUCUGCCGACCAGGAGGAGCACAUUGCCAAGUUCUUCUCAGUCUUCUAUUUCUCCAUCAAUGCGGGUAGCGUCAUUUCCACUUUCCUCACGCCAAUACUACGCCAUGAUGCACAGUGCUUUGGCAACGAUUGCUACGCGCUAGCCUUUGGAGUGCCAGCCCUCCUGAUGUUUGUGGCAGUUUUUAUUUUUUUUAGUGGACGUUACUUUUACAAAGUUUUCCCCCCAAGUGGCAACGUGGUGUGGGAAGUUGUCAAGGCAACGUUUUAUGCCCUGAAGAACAGAUUUCAGCAUCGACAUAGUGGCUUGAGGAAAGACCACUGGAUGGACUGGGCAGAUGACAAAUAUGACUCCAAACUCAUCACUGACAUCAAGGAUCUGUACCACGUCUUGAAGAUGUUCCUGCCCCUGCCCAUCUUCUGGUCCCUGUUUGAUCAGCAAGGGUCCCGGUGGACCCUCCAAGCCGAGCAUAUGGAUGGCACCUUGGGUUCCAUAAGAAUCAAGCCAGAUCAGAUGCAAGCCUUCAACCCCGUGCUAAUCAUUAUCUUAAUACCGGUGACUGAGAUGCUGCUCUACCCUCUGCUGCGCAAGCUCAAGAUUCCCUUCCGUCCCCUGCAGCGCAUGACAGUUGGCAUGAUGCUAGGUGGGGCGGCGUUCGUUGUGGCGGGCUUCAACCAGUUACGGAUCGAUGCAUCUGAGGUGGCCCUACCAGGGCAGUCAGAGGGUAUUCUGAAGGUCAUCAAUGCUAUUCCAUGCGACAUCAGUGUACAGAGUGAAUUCUUCAAAGGAAAUAUACCCUUUGGCAUGGCCUCCAAGCCAGUCACCUUUCCUAAGGGAGACUACGAAGCCAUGUUCAGCACAAACUGUCCCGGCAUAAGUGACAGUCCACCAUUCACGGUCACUGUACGUGGAGAGGAAGGGGACGACAUUAUAGUAUUCAGCCAAAAUGGCAUACUGAGUGCAAUUCAGGCAGAAGCUCACCUUGAGAAACCCCGCAAAGGCCAGGCAUUGGUCAGUGUUGGCAUUUUUAUCAGCCCCUCUGAGCUGCCAGACAAUACCAGCGUCAUUCUCAAAGGAGACGACAAUCAGUACGCGUUUGAUUCAGGGCUGUACAACAUCACUGACUUCAAAGCCAUUGAGCCAGCCAGCUAUGACGUAUACAUUGAUGGAGAUAUCAACGAUCCUUCUACCAAGCCUCUGAAGACAGUUGACAUCAAGACGGGAGCGGUGUACCGAAUGGUUCUACAGCCUUACAAUCAGACUGAAGGCGCGAUCUAUGUGAAUUUGCACAUUGAUGUGGAACCCAACUCAGUCUCCAUGUUCCUGCAAAUCCCACAGUACAUUAUCAUCACCAUUGGGGAGAUCUUUUUCUCCAUCACUGGCCUUGAGUUCUCCUACUCACAGGCACCAGCUAGCCUGAAGUCAUGCGUCCAGGCAGCCUGGCUACUCACAGUGGCCUUUGGUAACCUCAUCGUCAUCAUCGUAGCUGAGGUCAAGUUUGUGGAGAGCCAGGCGAUGGAGUUCUUCCUUUUUGCCGGUCUCAUGGGGGUGAUUGUGAUCAUAUUUGCCAUCAUGGCCUACUUCUAUGUCUACAUCACGCCGUCCGGGCAUGACGAGGACCAACGCGAGGACAUGAGCGGCCUGGUGGGCAAGGAAGACCUGGGUGGUUACCAGGCUGGGGACAGCGGGGAACCAGGGAAAUAAGGAGGGAAUUCCACACAGCCGUCAGGAUACAUUAUUCAUGGGGGCCAGUGAGAGUCUCAUUGAAUCAGGAUAAUUGACACCUAGUAGAACUAGCAAAGCAGUAAUCCACUAACCCCUGUUCAUACUGUGGUGCAGAAAUACGUGCCAAGUAUGGAAUUCAUUUUAGAACUGAAAUUUCUGCAGUCUCUAUAAUUCGCUGUAAUCCAAUUGUUCCUCAGCUUGAGAAAAGCUCCCAAAAUUAUGAGGAACUGGCUUUGAAGAGAAAAACCUUCCACUCCUUGCUUGAAUAUCUCCAUGAUGACAAGCUACUCUCAAGAUACUUACCAUUGACGUCAUCCUUUUUGACAGCUUUACUAAUUAUUUUGUGGUUACGUGUGUCGCAAGUUUCCAAAGGAAACCUACUGGAGACCACUGUCACUUUGUUGCAGAAUUGGUUUCCCAAAAAACACAAAAUAUUUCUUUUUUUAAUGAAGAAAUGGUUUGUUGUAGGCCUUCAGAUAUUGUGACUACUUAAACGUGAAAUGUGAACUCUGCGGAUUGCAUUACAUGAGCCGUGUCGUGUACACACUUUGGUUUCUGCCUUCACAUGGGAUGGAGUGUACAGUACCAAUUUCCAACCAAAUGCGCACCAAACUCAAAGCUCAAACCAACAACUCUUGUGUGCAUGUGUCUGUUUUAAGCAAGAACUGAACUCUUUUAUUUCAGAAGUUGUUUUUUUUUUCUCAUUUUUCAUGAAUUUGCAAAUGGAAUGGGGUUGCAAUUCUGUGUGUGCACUUUUCUUUAUAGUGUAGUCUUUUGUUGUCUUUCAGGGGUGGUCAUAAAGAGUGUAUUUUUUUCACUCUUUGGAAACUGAUUUUUUAAAAAGUAUGAUCACUUAAACAUUGAUUCAGGUGUGCCUUUGCACUCAUUCAUGACAAAAUGCUGCCGUUAUAAACCCGAGGAAACUUCGUCUUUUCUGGCAUGCCAGAGAGAAUACUUGGCUGAUUUGCAACUUAUUUCACCUCUCAAUGAACAUGGACAUGACAUGGGUGGAAAUUACUCAGAUAAUCCCCAUAUCCAAAUGAUGCAUUUAUUCUUCCGUGAAUAAGAUUGACCCGAACAGUCCCAAAUCCUUCAAUUUCAAUACGAUUUUACAUACCCCCUGGGGGUUAGGGUUAAUGUGUUUCAAAGCUUUUUUUGUGUCUCGUGCAUUAAAAGUAUAGAAUCACGAAAUGUGAUUAACAAAGCUUGUUAUCAGUUGAAAAAUAAGAUUUAUAUUUUGACUUAAGGUAUGUAAAGAAACGUGUUUGAAUGUGUUAACAUUCUUCCAAUGCUGAUGUAUAUGUACAUAGACUUAAAAAGUUGAAUGGAGAUGACACUCUGGUAUGUACCAAUGUGGAUUUGGUGGGGUGUUUUGGUGGCUUCUGGACAGUGGCAACUUGGGAUUCCAUUCUGCCAGAUUUGACUGUUCUGCAUGAGAUGAAUGGUAAUGAACAAAUUACAUUUUUGCAACGCCAAAAUUUUCUGUGGUGGUAUUUGUCGACGUGCUUGGUACUGCGCUGGAUUUUAACUGGCCAGUCAGCACUGUCUAGUUUGGCUGUUUAAUUGGUCAAGGAACCUGUGCUCGUCAGUAGAAAGAAAUAUAUAAUGUGUUUGGUUUACUUUUUAAGAUGUUAAUCUCUGUUGUCUUGGCUUGGAAUGAGAGAUAAGUCGUAAAUCACCUUGCUUUGCCAGGGGAUGUUAACAGAAAUUCAGAUUUCAGAUAUAAGAUACUGUACUAUGUUGAAUUGCCACCGUAAAAUGAAAAAAAACACUGGUGUUUAAACAAUUGAAGCUAGGGGAUGGAAUGAUCAAAGGUUGGACCUGUCAUCGGAGUGUCAUGUCAUUAUUUGUGAUGUAGUGCUGGACUGCCGCCAGUGUGAUAGAUGAUGCAUCUGUGUACUAAAUAUUCAGGAAGUAGAUUAGUAACAUUUGUCUAUAAAGAUAUAUUGCAUUGCUAUUGUCAUUGUGCCAUAAUCCUUGCUUUUGCUUGGGAUAAUGUUGGCAACCAACUUGAUCAGGAUAGGAUUUGUUCUGUGCAGUAUUCAGUGUUAAGAGGGGACUUGUAGAGAACAAAUAUUACAGAUGUUGUGCAUAUUUAAGUCUAAUAUUGUUGUUGGGAGUAUCAAGGCUCAAGACAUUUUUCCCAAUAUUGAAUUUAAAAACAUGCCACUUAUCUAUCAAUGUUGCCUUCAAAUAAGAAGUGCACUCCUAACUUGAGAGUUAUUAAUGCCAAUGGAUAAUCAAUCUCAUGUGUUACAAUUUGAAACAAAGCAGAUUCAGAUGUUAUUUCAAUCACACUAGAACUGUUUUGUUUAAUUUGGUAUGCGGUACACUGAUUUUAAGUGUAGAGUUUACGUAAGUUUUGGUUGGAGAUCUUAGUGCAUUCAUUGUGGUACAAGUUGACCUUACAUUUCAAAGAACCAACUCAAACUGUUUAUGGGGUCAUUUAGGGUCUUCUUGCUCUCCGAUGGGGUUUUCCAAGUAUUUGGGCAUAUCACUCAGCAUUUUUCAAGAUACAUGGUUUUCCUCCAAAUUUAAACUUUUUUCAAUUACUUGUACGUGUUCUGCAUCCUUAUGCACACAGAACUAAUGCCUGAUCAAAUUCCAAUCAAAUUCUGUGCGACAUGACUGCACAAGUCCCACACUCUAUUAACCGAUGAUUUUUGUUCUUCAGUAAUCUAUAUUUGCAAGUGCUGAAUCUCUGUAUAAUUUGUUAAAGACAAUGACAUCGAAUUGCAUUUUAUUUUUUUGAAAUGAAGUCUCGUUACAAAUUUUUAUUAUUGGUACUGUGCUUGUUAAAAGUAGCCUUGAAGCAAAUGUUGUACAUUAGUACUACUAAUAUCUGUGUUGAAAUUGCGGCUGAGGUACCACGUCGCACAUUUACCAGAACGUUUAGGAUAAAAUGGAGACUUUUCCUGCAAAAGUUAAGGCCAUCUUUAUAGCAGUUCUUUAAAAACAAAUACCUUGAGAAUUACAUUCCAAGAGUUGUUCCACACUUUGAGCAAAUGCGAACACAAAUUUAAGAUUUAAGAGGUCACAACAGGUAUUCCAAUUUUUGAGCAGCUAAAUUCAACUUUAAUUGAAGUAAUUCCAGCAUUAAUCCAGCAUUACUUCUGCUGCUUAUAAAACUUUGUAUGUCGCUUCUAGUUUUAGCAAUUGGCGAAGAUAUAUACAAUUAUCUCCCACAGAGACUGAAAACCAUCGCCGCGCCAAGAUGAAAUAAAGACCCUUGUCAGUUGCUAGUAA